AUGGCUGAAAAAUAUGACGAGCUGCAGAAACAGAUGAAGGACAAGUCAGUGGACCCUGCCACGUACCUUCCUCGAGUUAGUGAGGAAAUCAAGAAAGAUGACAGCAAGGAGUUCGCCGAGGCCUGCAAGUAUGAACUCAUGGACGACAUCAUAGACAGAGUCAAGGCAGCGAAAAACGAGCAUGAGAAACUUAUGGUUGAACUAUGCAUCGAAUAUAUGAAGAAAAAGACGCAUAAAUACUACAAACUGGCCAAGGAAAUAUUUGACGAGAAAGAAGAUGUGAGGUGGAAGGGUCAUGAGGAUGCCAUUGAGCAGAUGAUUCGAAUCCUGGAGGAACCCAUAGAAUGGGAGCCAACUGACCAAGAGAAUGAAGACAGUAAUGAAGAUUACGUCUCUUGGGACAAUCAGGGAGGCGCACUCAAGGAUGCAGUCGGGAAGAUGAUCGAAGCUUGCAGUCGUGACAAGAUGAUCAAGACAGUUGCUCCAUCUUUCGGUCGCCUUUUUUCGUCAGCCAUCAAGAGCGGUUCAAACAUGCACAUUUUGGUGGCUAUCGCCAUACUAGAAACAAGGGUAAUGGAAUGGGAGCAGCCGUCAUGGAUACAGCCCCACAUUAGGAUUGUUGUGUCAGUGGAUCAGAUCAUCAUGGAAGGGCAGGAUGAACAAGAUCCAGCUACUAGUAUUCGGAUGGACCCGUUACUGCAUGAUCGAGACCCAUGGAUGGAAGUCAACCAACUGUUUGACUCUCCUUCAAUGAACGCAGGAAAACAUUCAGCGAUGGAGAGGGUUGAAGUAGAUGACAGUGUAUCUCAAGUAUCAAGCAAAUCAACAUCACAUUCCAGGAAAUUUUUGAUGGAAACAGCCAUGAAGAGAGCAGAAUGGCAAGCAAAGUUGAAGAGUUUAAAAAGGAAACAGGAGCUCGAGAAAGAAGAGCAGGACUUAAUUAGAAGAAAGGAGCAACUUGCUGUUGAGACCGAAUUAGCUGCAGCUACAGCCCAAGCAGCAGCAUUACAGCAGUUCGACGAUACGGUAGUUUUUCACCAGCCACCUGCAUUACCAACCUUUGCUCAUGUAACACAUGAAAGUGAUAGGAACCAAACAAGUCACAAAGUCAAGAAUGCAGAUUGCUCAGAAGAGAGUUCAACGCAAGGACGCAAGAACCGAGAACAUUUGCAAGAUGUACGAGUAAGUGGAACAAAUUCUGAUAGUGAUGUUGAUUGGGUAGAGCUGCAGCGACAACAAACCCAACUUACGUACAUGCUCUUAGAAUGUCAUAUGAAGUCCGCCUUACCGCAAAGGAACAUUCAGCCUUUCGACGGGAAUCCCCUGAACUACCACGCCUUUAAGAGGGCUUUUCAGCAUGUAAUAGAGUCCAAGACAUCGGAGGACUCUGACAAACUAUAUUAUUUGGAACAAUAUACUAGGGGAAAGGCGAAUGAGAUGGUCAGAAGCUGCAUGUAUGGAGGUGAUUCCAAGGCAGCAUUCAACAAGGCAACAAUGCUGCUAGAAAGCAAGUUUGGCGAUAAGCAUCAUGUUCUGGACUCUAUGAUCAUCAAGGCAAUGGCAUGGCCAAACAUUAGAGGUGAGGAUCCGGAGGGCCUGCUUAGUUAUUCAUUGUUUGUGACUGAGCUAGGCAAUUUGGCUAAGGACCUACACCUUCAACAGGAGAUUGACCACGCACAACACUUGAAGAUGGUCAUAUCAAAGCUGCCGUUCAGGCUGAGAGAUAGAUGGAGGAGCUAUGUCGACGGCAUACUCCAGAAUCGGGACGAGCCACUCUCAUUCAAAGACGUGGUUAGUUUCAUUAGUAAACAGGCCCGGAUAAUCAACAACCCUAUCUAUGGCAAUAUUGUAGGACCUGCCAGAGCUGGAGAAACGCAGACAAAGACAAAACCCUUUCCAGGGAAGAAACAGGGCUUCAGCUCCAGCAUGAAGAAGAGCGAGGAAGCGAAGUGUUUGUAUUGUGACAUGGAAAAUCACCUUACAGCAGAAUGCAAGGCCCUAGGAAAAAAACCUCAUGAGGAGAAACUUGCAUUUUGCAAAUCCAAAGGACUGUGCUUUGCCUGCCUUCAGUCUUCACAUCUUGCCAGGGACUGUAAACAGAGGACGACCUGCAAGAUUUGUCAAAGGUUACACCCCACCCUUCUUCAUAGAGAUUGGGCACCAUCGAAACAAGUGAAAAGGAAUGGUGAAUCAGAGAAACAACGUACUAAUGACGACGUUGGAGCUAAUAGGAAGAAGGAGGAAAGCUCGGAAGGACAAACAGAAGGAGAAGAAAUUGGAAAUGAAAAUUUCCCAGACGUAAAGCGCACGUUAUCCAACCGCACUUCUAUGCAGGACUCCCAACCGGCCAUUGUGCCUGUGACUGUACGCUCAAAGCAGACAGGGAAAUGUGUACACACAUACGCAUUCAUUGACAACGGGAGUAACGCAACUUUCUGCACAGAAGAGUUAAAAAACAAACUAAAUGCCAGAGGAAGAACGCGCACUAUCCAGCUUCAAACAUUAACAGAUGAUAAGCUGGUCAAGACCUGCAUACUGCAAGACCUGGAGGUAGCUGAUGUGAAUGAGAACACAUAUAUACCACUUUCUGACGUCUACAUACAGCCCAUCCCUGUAGACAAGUCAGACAUACUGAGAAGGAAUGACAUUGCAAGAUGGCCCUACUUACAAGAAAUAAACUUGCCGGAGAUCAAUGCAGACGUGGGCAUCCUCAUUGGCAAUAACGUCCCUAAAGCAAUGGAACCACUGCAGGUUAUCAAUAGUCAGAACGACGGACCAUUCGCUUGCAAAUCUAUCAUAGGGUGGAUGGUUUUUGGAAGCUGCAAGCAAGAGAGAAGUGGGUCCAAGAUAGCCUCCCACAGAGUCCACGUGAUGGAAGAUAUUCAGCAACAGCUAAAUAAUCUCUACAACACUGAGUUUUCAGAACGCUUGAUGGAAGAUAAAGUCGAAGAAUCCAAAGAGGAUAAACGAUUUAUGGAAAAGGUUGAAGGAUCCAUCAAGCUAACACAAGGGCAUUACCAAAUCGGACUGCCAUUCAAGGGAGACGUCGACCUGCCCAACAACAGGCCCAUGGCAGAGCAGAGACUCAACCACCUGCAGAGGAAGUUCGCUAGACAGCCGCAGUUCCAUAGGGAGUAUGCAGGGUUUAUGGAUAAGGUGCUGAACAAACAGUACGCUGAAAGAGUACCAGAAGACGAGUUCCUUAGAGAAGAUGGAAAGAUGUGGUUUAUUCCUCACCACGGUGUAUAUCACCCACAGAAGCAAAAAAUUAGAGUGGUGUAUGACUGUGCAGCUUCUUUCAAGGGCAAGUCACUGAAUGACAAUCUUCUACAGGGGCCGGACCUCACAAAUAGUUUGGUGGGUGUAUUAACAAGGUUUCGUCAAGACCGCAUAGCAGUAAUGGCAGACAUAGAAGCCAUGUUCUCACAAGUGAAACUGCUAAAGGAAGAAAAGGAUCUACAUCGAUUUCUGUGGUGGCCAGAUGGCAAUGUCGCUCAACCUAUUGAGGAAUACCGCAUGACUGUUCAUGUGUUUGGGGCUAGAUCUUCACCAGCUUGUGCCAAUUAUGCCCUGAAGCGCACAGCAGAAGACUUUGCAGAGGACAAGGUGGCACAUAUCAUCAAGCGCAACUUUUAUGUUGACGAUUGUUUGUACUCAAGCUCAACAGUCCAGGAAGCUGCAGAGCUAUCAGAGGGCCUACAAGAAGCCUGUAAGAAAGGAGGAUUCCACCUCACAAAAUGGGUGAGCAAUGACAGAAGAGUAUUGAAUGCCAUACCCAAGGAGGAGAGAGCAAGUACAGUGCAGGAGCUAGACUUUGACAAGGACAAGUUGCCAACAGAGAGGGCACUUGGCAUGCUGUGGCAUACAGAUGAAGAUGUUUUCAGUUUCAAGAUUCAGCUGAAAGACAAGCCAGCCACAAGGAGGGGUAUCUUGUCAACAGUGUGCUCCCUGUUCGAUCCACUAGGAUGUGCUUCCCCAGUGCUACUCCCUGCAAAGCACUUACUUCAGACCCUCUGCCGACUAGGAUUAGGAUGGGACGAGACGAUUCCACCAGACCUGCUGAAAAAAUGGGAAACAUGGAAAAGAGAACUCCCAAGACUGUCAGACUUUAAACUUUCCAGGUGUUUGAAGCCAGAGGGGUAUGAAAACCCAAAGUCUGUGACACUGCACCAUUUUGCAGAUGCAAGUGAGAAGGGAUAUGGAACAGUGUCAUACUUGCGAAUGGUGAAUACCAGGGAUGAAGUCCAAUGCUCAUUCCUCUUGAGCAAAUCUAGAGUGGCCCCUCUUAAACAGACGUCGAUCCCGAGAAUGGAGCUUACAGCCGCCACGGUAGCAGUAAGGAUAGACAAAAUGGUAAAACAAGAACUUGACAUCCCAGUAGAUGAGACCUUCUUCUGGACUGAUAGUACCUCUGUACUACAGUAUAUCCAAAGCGAAACAGGGAGGUUUAAGACAUUCGUCGCCAACCGAGUUGCCCUGAUACAAGAAGGAUCUGAAUCAAGUCAAUGGCACCACAUAGAAACUUCGCUGAAUCCGGCAGAUGUAUGCUCCAGGGGAGUCGAGGUAGAUCGAUUCCUAGCAAUGAGAUUCUGGAAGGAAGGACCCGAAUUUCUUCAAGCUUCAGAGGACCAGUGGCCUAAGCAACCCAGAAAUGCAUCACACGACGUAAACAAUGAUCCCGAGGUGAAGAAGAAGAAGAUGUACGUUACAGAGGUCUCGGAAGUAACGGCCAGUGAGAGCAAAUGUAUGGCCACUGCUGUGAGCAAAGAGGAAGAAGAUGAUGUCCUGGAAAGAUUGAUCAACCAUUAUUCAGACUGGUACCACCUCAGAAAGGGAGUAGCAUGGCUACUAAAAUUGAAAGGGCUGCUGAAAGAGAAAAUGAAAGGUCAGCAGAACACACGAGAGAAUCCACCCAUGUUAUUGACAGUGGAAGAUAUUAGACAAGCUGAGGAAGCAAUACUGAUACACGUUCAAGACAGAGCAUUCCCAGUAGAGGUUGUGGCUUUGAGGAAACAGGCACACGAUGUCAACCAAAGGACAGGAAGGUUGCAGCCAGGGGUCAGAAAAUCAAGCCCUAUCUACAAAUUAGACCCUCAGAUGGACAAUGGCCUACUUAGAGUAGGAGGAAGACUUAACAAGGCAGCCUUGCCUGAAGAAGCAAAACAUCCAGUCAUCCUACCAAAGAGAGGACAUGUGUCUGAACUCAUCUUGCGGCACAUUCAUGAAAACUCAGGACAUAUGGGAAGAAACUAUGUCUUGGCAAAACUCCAGCAACGAUAUCACAUAGUUGGUGCAAUUUCAGCCAUCAGGAAAGUCGUCAAGAAAUGUGUCAAGUGCCGACGUCAAAGAGGGCGGGUAAUCCAACAGAAGAUGGCCGACCUACCCAUAGACCGACUGAGACCGGACGAUCCACCUUUUACACGAGUUGGAGUCGAUUAUUUUGGGCCGAUAGGAGUGAAAAGAGGACGCUCUACAGUCAAGAGAUAUGGCGUAGUGUUCACUUGCCUCGCCAUUCGGGCCAUACACAUAGAGAAGGCUGAUUCACUAGAUACGGAUUCCUGUAUCGCAGCAAUUCGGAGAUUUAUUGCUCGAAGAGGAGCAGUCAGAGAAAUGAGAUCGGACAAUGGAACGAACUUGGUUGGGGCUGAGAAAGAACUAAGAAAAGAACUUGAGAGCUGGAACCAGGCCCAGCUCAGCAACUCACUAUUGCAAGUAAACAUCAAGUGGACCUUUAAUCCACCUGGAGGUUCACACCACGGGGGCGUAUGGGAGAGACAGAUCAGGACGAUUCGACAGCUGCUCUUCUUCCUUACCAAACAGCAGACCAUGACGGAUGAAAGUUUGCAGACACUCUUCUGUGAAAUAGAAGGCAUUAUCAAUUGCAGACCUAUCACCAGGGUUUCAGACGAUGCUAACGAUCUAGAGGCUCUGACACCAAACAAGCUCCUGACGUUGAAGGCUACCCCGAUGUUACCCCCAUCGGUUAGUAGGAAGACCGACUGCUACGCACGACGUAGAUGGCGGCAGGUUCAAUAUCUGGCAGACGUCUUCUGGCGACGUUGGCUGAGAGAGUACUUGCCGCAGCUCCAGGCCAGGCAGAAGUGGGUACAUCCUAGUCGCAACAUCCAGGUUGGUGACGUAGUGCUGGUAGUGAACGAGACAGCACCUCGUAACUUCUGGCUCAUGGGAGUAAUCAUCGGCAUCACUCCAGAUCGACAGGGCAUGGUUCGACGGGCGGAGGUGAAGACCAAGACGGGCACCUAUUCGCGACCCAUCAGCAAACUGUGUCUCCUCUUGGAAGGAGAUUCAUGA